UGAAAGUGCUGUCAAAUCGAAUAAUCGUGAUUAAUUGCAUCCAAUAUGUGUAUAUAAAAAUAAUAACUUAUAACAAUGUUUUAGAUACUAAAAAACAUAAAAAGAAAGAAAGAAAGAAAGAAAGAGAAAGAAAGAACGAGAAAAUUGUCUUAAUUUUGUAUUCUGCAAAAAAAAAAAGCAAAAUAACCAGUUUGAGAUGGCAUGAUGAGUAAAUAAUGCAGAAUUGUAUUUUUGUCUGGUCUCUUCCUUAACAGCUGAUUUAAUCUAAACCUCCUAGUGUAAAUUCCCCCUGUGAACCCAGAUGCAGCAUGUUUGAGCAUCAACGCCACACACUAGGUCAAUAAAAAUACCUCGUGCUCGUCCUAUUCCCAAUUCCUGCUCAUUAUCAUUAAACACACACGAGGCAGACAUCCUCCUACAGCCUGACAGGAAAUGUAAUUGUCUCUACCGCCGAGAGUUUGUUGGAUAUCCGGAGCUAAAAAGACUUUGGUGGCGGCGGUGCUGCUGGUGUUGUGAAACAUGGCCAGCGCUCUGCAGAGCGCGAGCUAUUCUUAGCCUCGGUUUACGUGGUGUGUUUUUUUUCUCACGCCGUUCGGAUCUCCAGGUGUCUGGAUGAAAGUGGCAGGGGAUUUCGGAGGCAGCUUUUUGACUCCUCUCGGGGCCUCUUUGGACGAACAGAGCAACAGUCCGUCCAGAGGACCUUUAAAGAAUGGCUGUAGCUUUGAAGAUGACCUGUCCCUGGGAGCUGAGGCCAAUCACCUCCAGAACAGCAGCACAAAAACAACGGCCAAUGGCUAUGACAGGGCAGCCGAGGCCAAAAGGAGCCAGUUCAAGCAGAAGGGCAGAAGUAUGAACUCCACAGGCUCUGGAAAGAGCAGCACCACCGUGUCCAGCGUUUCUGAACUUCUGGACCUGUAUGAAGAGGAUCCAGAAGAGAUCUUGUACAAUCUCGGCUUUGGGCGCGAGGAGCCCGACAUCGCCUCGAAAAUCCCUUCUCGUUUCUUCAACUCGUCUUCUAGCGCCAAGGGAAUCGACAUCAAAGUUUACUUGGGAGCCCAGAUUGAGCGCAUGGAGCUGGAGAACCCAAACUACGCCCUGACAAGUCGGUUCCGUCAAACAGAGGUUCUGGCCACGGUGGCAAAUGUCUUCUCCGAAAUCUACUCCCAAGUGUCUGGAAGACCCAUGGAGAGAAUCGGCAGCAGCGAAACAGAGACUAAAACCCCCUCUCCAUUAAAAAGGAAUAAUUCCGCUCUAAAUGCAGCCAGGAUUUUAAAACGUAACUUUACGAAACCGAACCUGCUGGCCGCUGCCAGUGAAGGAGCAGCCAAACAGGCUUUAGCGUCUGACGCUGACAACGCAGAGGGUACAAACUCUGACGUACGGGCCGGACUGAUGGAUACCGAGCACAAACUGCAACAGAAAGGCUUUAGGAAAAAAGAUUCAUCUCUGGCUACAGUGACUGAGGAGGCACAGCAAAGUACCUCAGAGGCUGCCGUCAACGGAGACGUCCCAGAACCUGCGUUAAUGAAUGGUAACCACUCCACUGAGACUCCAGCUCUGGACAAAGACAUGCCGCUCUCCCCGGUCCUGGUGAGCAUCAGUCGGGCGUCUGACGAGAGUGACUUCAAGGAGCUUGAGCCCCAGGAAACCAUCACUUCCACCCCAGAUAAAGAACCGUCCAACCUGCUGCCCAACCCACACAUAGCCCACCUACUCAGCCAGCCUAGAGAUUCGUUUGAAAUGGAGGAGUUGCAGAGUAAUGAGGAUGAAGCUCUUCCUGGUCCUGGUGGCAUGUCUCGAGCUGGCAGCGAGAGGUUAUUGAGGACAGCCAGCCAGCAGUCUGACAGCAGUGGGUUUGCAGAGGACCCAUCCACAGACGGGUCGGGUAAUCACCUGAAGGUACAAGAAAGCUCAGAUAGCUGUGACAGCGAAACUACAGUGACAUCGCAUGCAGGAGAAGUCAGCACACCCAUAGCAUUGGAAUACCCCAACUUUGAAAGACUUCAGGGUGAGGAAGCCCAUCCUCAGCCCAACAGAGGCACACUUAGCCAGAGUGGAACCAACCAAGAGGUCCCUAAGACCACCAGCCUUCAGAUCCCCAAUCCAAACUCUGACAAUGUUAGCACCAGUGGACUGUCCCUUUCUCCUGACUCUGAUAGGGCUUCCGUAAUUGAGUCCAAUUUCACCACAGCGCAAGAAACCACAGACUCUCCAGAAGUGGAUUCGAGCACAAUGGUAGAUCCUGCAACAGAUUCAAUCUCGGACGUAGCUCAUGAAGGCCACAUAUCCCAGCCUGGUUUAGGCAUAAAUCCAGGCUCCACUGAGGAUUUAUAUCCAUCCUCUGGGCAAGAGUCUUCAGACCUUGAGCAAUGCCACACCAUGACUCAAAGGAGACAAAUGGCCCUCCAAACAGCCCAUCAGAGGUCAUCCUCUAUGGAUGAGGAACGUCCUGGCCGAGUAUGGGUGAGGGACAGGAACUUGCUGAGGGAAAGCUUUGAGAGGAAUCCUUUAAGGAGAUCCAGCUCCCUCCCAUCAUCUCCGCUCAGCCCGGCUCGAGUGGUCACUUCCAUGCGGAUCCAACUCGGAAGGGGCUCGGUCAAGCACUGCACCCCACCUUCGUACUCAUACCGAUACGAUGAGGAGAAUCGCAGUGACCGAGAAGAAGUGGAUUCUAUUAUGGAGGAAGACGAAGUAGAUCAUGUUGCCAGCCAAUCUACUCUCCUAAAUUCUGCUCCGAAGAUAGACAUGGGAACGCCACCACACCUCAACAUACCCCAACAUCUGACUCGCUCUUCCAGCUCGCUUUAUAGUGUCCCUGCAGACUGGCCCCAGAGGCCCUUGGGUGAAGGUCCAAACUGGAGCACAUGUAGCGUCCCAAACCUUAAUCAGUUUACAGGUCCGGCUUACCCUCCUCCUCCUUUUCCUCCUCCUCAUGGGUCCGUCUUCUCUCCGCAACACAGAGUAGGCUACAGCUCCCCGUACCCUACUGGACUUCCCCACCACACUCAACCACAGAGCUCACCUUGUCCUCAACCACUUCAGAGCAAUACAUUUACUCCACCACAGGGGGUACAGUUUACACCCCAGCACAAUAUGCAUUAUGCUCAUCCUCACAGUGCACCUUACAGCCAAUUCCAUUCACCUUAUAACGUUCCUCAGGGAGCUCCCUACGGCUCUUCGUUGAACAUGCACAGCAGCCCGUACCAACCUCACAUCCCUCUCGCACAAUCCCACAGCGCCCCCUAUAGUCUGGGCUACAACAGUUCUCCUCAUCACCCUGGUGCCGCCUACAGUCAUCCAUACUAUCCAUCUCCCACUUACCCUUGCUCUUUUGAGACGCCUCCUGCACGUGUCCCUGCAAUGGGCAGCACAGAGAUGCAACUCAGAAGGGUCCUGCAUGACAUUCGUGGGACAAUGCAGAACCUUGGUCAGAGCUCAUCCGUGCAUGGAGGGGACACACCCAUUGACAGGAUCAGCACACCGCACUCUGUCCAACCGCUUUACGAGGAGCUCCAGAUGCGACGCAGGAGUCUGAACGUCUUCCGGACUCAGAUGAUGGAUCUGGAACUGGCUCUCAUGAGACAGCAGUCUAUGGUCUACCAGCAUCUUAGUCCAGAUGAGAGGCAGGAAGCGGAACAACUUCAAGCACUGCGGACUGCAGUCAGGCAGGAGCUACAGGAGUUGGAGCUGCAGUUGGAAGAUCGUCUGCUCUCCCUGAAUGAACAGAUACGCAGCAGCUCGCAGCAAAGCGGCCUCUACCGCCACCACAUGGGCAUGCACAGAGGUCACAGCAUGGAAAGCCUGUCUAAUUCUUCAGCACUGCGAGCCAUGGAGCCGGUGACGGACCUCCUGAAGGAGCAAUUGUACCUUCAAUCCGAACUGAGAUAUGAGGCUGCCACACCCAGUUCUGGCCGCUCGUCGAGGGCCUCCAGCCCUGGAAGAUUCAACAGAACGCUUGAGUCUUGCUCUCCUUCCCCUCAGAGAAGCAGUGUUUACCGGGCCACCCUUAAUGUCACACCCUCUGUCCCUCCACGGCCUGGAAUGGAGGUUCCUCGGCCUGUUUCCCCAGAGAGGAUGGAGCAGAGCAUGACACCUACUUCUUUAGAGUUAAGCAGAGAUGAGGACGAGACGUCAUUGGAUGGUCGCAGGAGCGGGACGAUGGAGGACUGCAGUCCCACUGAGUGGAGGAGUAGAAGUGGAGGGAAUGGUGAUCUGCAGCAUCUUAUACAGGAGAUUAAAGAAAGUAUCGCACAUGAAAUCAGGCAGGAGAUUGUGAACGAGCUUCUGGCUGCUGUCUCGCCACGUAGAUCUCCUCUCCCAGCCAGGAAGCCCCCUGUGAGGUGAAGAAGAAAUAAUCCUGUGAAAUAGUCACAACGAACACUGGUUAAAGCUUUGCACUGAGAACGGCCCAACACCUCUGUCUGGUUCAGUCUGUGAAGCCCUUUCAGUCUCAACUCGCUUCUGGACUUUAGAGCUGCAGGGAGUCUGCUUAUGCGCCUGUGUCCAGAUUCCACUUUUUCAGCGGUUGAGAUCUUCCACUGCCCGAAUCCGGAAAGGGCACUCGGCUUAUCGUGGUAUCCGUCUGGUACAUAUUACUGCAAUGUAAUGAAUCUUUUGGGAUGUAUUUAAGUAUGUGAUGCAGGUCUUGCUGGAUGUUUGCAGCGGUUGAAAAGACUUGUGGGAGACUAAAGGUUUCUGUGUGAGUGUGUCUUUGUCUGUCUAGGACAAAAAUGUCUACUGUAAUCAGACUUGUUUUCUAAUUCAGCCUCUGUGAGGAACUAACUGUGCAAUACAUUUCACUUUUUUCUCUCAAACUUGAACUGACCAAUCACAACUACUGUUCUACUCAAGAUGCACACCGCUGUCUUUAUUUCCUGUUGAUAGUCUAUCACAUAUUGUAUGUAUAGACACUUAAGACACUUCAAAGCACAUUCAUAAACACAUUGUCCUGUGAGAAGAAAAAGCACUAAAAUCUCUUUUUAUAUAUGCACACACAUUAGCACGCCCGUAAAAUAUAUUUUUAUUCUUGCAAACAGCAGUGAAUAGUCAAAUCUUCUGAUGAGGAUUUAAAGUGUUCAACUUAAUUUUCCUCAGUGUGAAUGAGUUUUUUUUGUCUAAGCUGUAAUGAAUUGUAAUACUAAUUGAUUUACGCGACAAAGGGGACAUGUUCCCUUUCCGCUUGGGAUGCAUGAGGGAUAAUCUUUAAUGCAAAUCAUUAAUAAAGAUUUAUUUAUUUUGUA